CAAGGCAUGACGCGCAUGCGCAGCUAGUCAAACAGUUUUGGUUACACGAGUUUACGUUCUCUUCACGGCUCUGUACAAUCCUGUAGCUGCAGAAUAACUACUAUCUCUUGGAUACAUUAUAAUAAGCUGAUCAGCACAGCUUGUAGUGACCAGAAGGCGUGCUACUCAAACAACAUGCCGCUGUAAACCUGUGUCCACUGGAAGCUAGCGGUGCCGCAGCUGUGCUACGUGCUAAUGUUAUGGGACUGAACCGCAGGAAAACGCCGCCUGUGAUUGACAGCACACUCUCUGCGUUGUGUUACACAUUCAGCCGGGUUGCUCGUGGAAUGGGGCAGUGGAAACUUUGGUUGGUUUAAUUUGCUCCAACAGGGAAAGAGGAAGCAGGAGGCACCGCUCCAGGCCUUCGGUUACGUCGCACACGACUUCAGUGACCGAUACUAAUAUUAUAACAUGGGGACCUGAAGUGAAUUCAGGAUAAACAACAUUUAGCCGCAAAAUUUCGGACUUUGCUCUUUAAAAUGGCCGGUUUUACGGAUUUGCGGGAGAAGCUAAAGUCGAUGACACCGCACAGGGAGACAGUUUUCGAGCACAGCAACGGCGAGAAGCGCAAAUACCGCGAGUCGGAUGACGAUGAUAGUGAGUACGAGGAGCGGCGGGACGCGGAGGCGCGCAAAGUGAAGAGCGGCAUUAAGCAAGCGAGUAUUUUCACGCAGGAGGAGUGCGCGCUCAUCGAGGCAAAGAUUGACGAGGUGGUUGCCAAGGCAGACAAGGGGCUCUACCGGGAGCACACGGUGGACCGGGCGCCCCUGCGGAACAAGUACUUCUUUGGGGAGGGCUACACAUACGGCUCGCAGCUCGAAAAGCGCGGCCCCGGGCAGGAGCGCCUGUACUCCAAAGGCGAGGUGGACGAGAUCCCGGACUGGGUGCACGAGCUGGUCAUCGACCGCCUCGUGACGCACGGCGUCAUACCGGAGGGCUUCGUUAAUAGCGCCGUGAUUAAUGACUACCAGCCCGGGGGCUGUAUCGUGUCCCACGUGGACCCCAUCCACAUCUUCGAGCGACCGAUCGUUUCCGUGUCGUUCUUCAGCGAUAGCGCGCUCUGCUUCGGCUGCAAGUUCCAGUUCAAGCCCAUCCGGGUGUCCGAGCCCGUGCUGCACCUGCCCGUGAGGCGGGGAAGCGUCACCGUCCUCAGUGACUACGCAGCCGAUGACAUCACGCAUUGCAUCCGCCCACAGGACAUCAAGGAGAGGAGAGCUGUCAUCAUUCUCAGAAAAACAAGGCCGGAUGCCCCUCGCUUGGACUCCGAUUCACGGAGCCCGUCCAUCCACUCUUCUGAGAGACGACACACACUCAAAGCCAAACGCUCACACCGCAAGGCUGACCCAGAUGCUGCACACAGGCCUCGUAUUUUAGAGAUGGACAAAGAGCUGCAGAGGCGUUCCCUCUCCUCCCGACAGAGACGUCACGGCGACAGCAGUUCAGAAAACUCCUGGAGGAGAACUGAAGAGAGAGAGCCGGGCUCACGCCACACACACGACCACGCACCCACGCGACGAGUCAAGAUGAGGCGGCACUGAGACGCAAUCAGAACUCACUGCUUAUCUCCUCAGACGCCUUUACGUUUGCUCAAGCCAACAGUGACUCAGUAGAAGAGAUGGGUGCACUCAAGGACGUUAGACGCUGGCUGCUUGAUCUAUCUAUUCAGACAUAUCAAAAAUGAUACUUUAAUAUCCACUAUAUUUUGUUCUGUGUGAUUAAAGGAAAUGUACGGAAUAAAAAGACAUCUAAACUGA